AUGGGCCAUUUUGGACUUUUUCUCAUAAAAUUUCCAUCAAUUUACCAAUUGGGUAUUCAGGUAGAUCACUAUAAUAUAGGAUCAUACUUUUUUGGUAAAUUGUCACUUUACUGACAAUCCAGGAGAAGCUGACUAUGGCAGCAGCUUUCAGGAAAAAAUUAUUUGGAAAAGAUAUUUAAUGACUUCUCCUAUAAAAAAUAUUAA